CUCAGUCACAUACUCGCUUCCUGUCAGGAACAGCUGGAGGACCAGUGUGUGUAUAUAUAUGUGGAUACUUGUUGUCCUGUAGAGGAGUCGCUCUCUGACGUUAAGUGACCGCACGCUACACGUUUUCCUCGGAUUUGAAUCGUGUUCACUUCAUGGCCAAAGACAAUCCAGCGGUUUUCCUGAUUUGCGAACCCGCCGGUGGAGACUCUGCUCCGGCCUGAAGUGCCGCCCAUCUCCCCGCCGCUGUGAACCUGGAGGAGCAACGCCGCCUUGUGACGAGCAUCCAACAUGACAGGGGUUUGUGGUUGCUGCGGGGCACUCAGGCCUCGGUACAAGAGACUGGUAGACAACAUCUUCCCAGAAGACCCAGAGGAUGGGCUGGUGAAAGCCAACAUGGAGAAGCUGACAUUUUAUGCCCUGUCAGCUCCAGAGAAGCUCGACCGUAUCGGAGCUUACCUGUCGGAGAGAUUGUCAAGGGAUGUGGCCCGACACAGAUAUGGCUAUGUGUGCAUAGCCAUGGAGGCUCUGGACCAGCUGCUGAUGGCCUGCCACUGUCAGAGCAUCAACCUGUUUGUGGAGAGUUUUCUGAAGAUGGUGCGCAAGCUGCUUGAGUCAGAUAAACCCAAUCUACAGAUCCUAGGAACCAACUCGUUUGUGAAGUUUGCCAACAUAGAAGAGGACACACCGUCAUACCACCGCAGUUAUGACUUCUUCGUGUCACGCUUCAGUGAGAUGUGCCACUCCAGUUACGAGGACCCUGACAUCCGCACCAAGAUCCGUAUGGCAGGUAUCAAGGGUCUGCAGGGUGUGGUGAGGAAGACUGUGAAUGAUGAGCUACAGGCCAACAUCUGGGACCCUCAGCACAUGGACAAGAUCGUCCCCUCUCUGCUUUUCAACCUGCAGAGUGGAGAGCGUACAGAGAGCCGCUCCCCCUCACCGCUGCAGGCGUCGGAGAAGGAGAAGGAGAGCCCAGUGGAGCUGACGGAGCGCUGCUUCAGGGAGCUGCUGGGACGAGCUGCCUAUGGCAACAUCAAGAAUGCCAUCACCCCCGUGCUAAUGCACUUAGAUAACCACUCUCUAUGGGAGGGGAAGACUUUUGCGGUGCGCUGCUUCAAAAUCAUCAUGUACUCCAUCCAGUCUCAGCAUUCUCACCUGGUCAUCCAGCAGCUUCUCGGACACCUGGAUGCUAACAGCAAGAACUCAGCCACAGUGCGAGCUGGGAUAGUGGAGGUUUUGCUGGAGGCAGCUGCCAUUGCAGCCAGUGGCUCUGUUGGCCCCACAGUUUUGGAGGUCUUCAACACUCUGCUGCGGCAGCUUCGUCUAAGUGUGGACUACGAGUUGACCGGCUCCUACGACGGCAACACCAACAUUGGCACAAAGAUCAUCAAAGCUCACGAGGAGCGGCAGCUGCAGGAGGCCGUCAUCAGGACCAUCGGUUCAUUUGCCAACACUCUACCAACAUACCAGAGAUCAGAAGUCAUGCUUUUCAUUAUGGGCAAGAUCCCUGUCCCUGGGGUUCACCUGGCUCUGCCGUCCACAGGCUCCGGGCCUGAGGGCACCAGGAUGAUUCAGGUUAUGUUGCUGAAGUCCUUGGUCCAGGUGACGGCAGGUUUCCAGACCACCAACAUGUUGACGGCGCUGCCAAACUCCUUCCUGGAGCCGCUGCUGUCCUUCUCUCUAACCGAGGAUCCAGAGAUUCGACUGCUGGUGCUUCAGAUCCUCCUCAGUCUUAUCGACAGGCACGACAACAGGCCCAAGUUUGCCAAUAUUAGCAUCAUCUCGGACAUCUCUAUUCUCAAGCUCAAAGUUGACAAGUGUUCCAGACAGGACAACUUAUUCAUGAAGAAGCAUGGCCAGCAGCUGUACCGACACAUCUACCUGGGCUGUAAGGAGGAGAGCAGUGGUCGGCAGCACUACGAGAACCUCUUUGCUCUGUUGGGCCUUCUCAGCGUGGAGCUGGCAAACGAAGAGGUGGUGGUGGACCUCAUUCGCCUGGCACUCGCAUUGCAGGACCUGGCUCUGUCCACCGAUGAGGCUCUGCCAGUUUACAACCGCUGUGCUGUUCACGCCCUCGCCGCCGCCUACCUCAACCUCAUCUGCCAGCUCACCACCAUCCCAGCCUUCUGCCAGCACAUACACGAGGUUAUUGAGGUCAGACAGAAAGAAAGUCCCCACCUUCUACCUGAGGGUGUGUUCGUUGAUGACCCCAAACUGCCUUCCUCACUGGAGAGGGUAGAAGGGGAUGUUCUGUUCCUCCAGUCGAAGAUCACAGAGGUUCUCGGAGGCAGUGGUUACAACACCGAGAGACUGGCUACGCCUUAUGUCCCACAGUUCACAGAUGAGGACCGUCUGUCCAAGAGAAAGAGCAUUGGUGAGACCAACUCUAUCCAGGGGGAGGUGGAGUCCCGAAACAGUCCAGAGAAAGAGGAGAGGACACCAGCAGAGGAGAUCACAUUUGAAACCCUGAAAAAUGCCAUUGUGGACAGUGUUGGUAUGGAAGAGCAGGAGAGGGAGCGCAGGAGACAAGUGGUGGAGAAGUUUCAGAAGGCCCCCUUUGAGGAAAUAGCUGCCCACUGUGGUGCCAGGGCAACUCUACUGCAGAGUAAACUAAAUCAGAUCUUUGAAAUCACAAUCAGACCCCCGCCCAGCCCAUCUGGAACCAUCUCGUCAGGUUACGGCCAAACUCAGAGUCGCUCUAUACCCAUCUACGAGAUGAAGUUCCCUGACCUGUGUGUGUACUAAACCGUCAUUUUAACAGCGAUACAGAAAUGAUGCAAACCAAUCCUCACUGUAAAAGCAUCAGAAUCAAGGGAUGUGGGGGGGAACAAGCCAACUAAAGAGCAAGCAACUUUUUGAUGAACUUAGCUUAGAUGACAAUACUUUUUUUAUUUUCCUCUGUGACCGCAGACAAAACAAACGUGCUAACGUCGGUUGAUGCAGCAGUCACACACUAUUUAUUAAAUUCCCUUCAGUUCUUCCUAAUAUGUCUUUAAAAAACUCCACUGGUUGGAUUUUUAAGUUAGGACGUUGCCAAUAACUGUGAGUUAAAGAUAUUGUUACAAACUAAUAUUGUAUUGGCUUUAGAAUGAAUUGACCCACUGCACGCCCUGGAACUGGAAAAAAGAAUUUCUGAUAGCACUGCUAAUUAUUUUGUCCCUUACAGGGUGCCAUACUAACCUGAAUAACAAAAUGAGUUUGACCAGUCAUGUUUAUUUCCUCAUGACGUUUUUUAUUGUAAUUAUUUUAUAUUUGUUUUGUCCAGGAAGAGAGUAUAUGAGUUACAUUUUAAAUUUACUUGACAGUGUGUUGUUCUGUAUGUUUGAUUGUUGUCUCCCAUGUUAUGCAGCUCGUCUUCAGUCUUUUUGUCGCUUUUCGUUUUGCCUUUUUAGUGUAAUAGCCAAAAGUGCUUCUUUCUUUAACGACAGGCUUUUAUUUCCUGCAACUACUUUUUAAGUCUAAUGAUUAUUUUGUUGUUUUUAAUCUGUGGUUAAAAAUGAAAGAUAACUGUGUGCUAUCCUCCAAAGUGAGUGUGCCUUACGGGUGACUCAAACUAAUACAGACACAUAAACACACAAGUUGUGACCACACUCGAGUUGCAUUUGCCAGAUCAGACACUAGAAAAAUAACUAAGGAUCCUUUAUUUUUCUUCUUCCCAUAUAAAUGUGUAUAUACAGAGAAAUAUAUAAAUCUUGAAGCUGAUGUACAGAGUAGCGAUGUCCUCGUGUGUGUGUGUAUAUAUAUUGUAUAUUAACUCUAAUUUUAGACUGCCACUGCACUGAUUGUGUCCAUAGAUGAGGGAGAAAGCUACAUAGUUUGUAUUCAGAUACUUUUUUUGUUAAAACUCAAAUUAAUAAUCUGCAACACAUGAAAUCAAAUUAUAUAUUGAGGAGUAGUAAUGUUUUGCAUCAUCUCAAGGGCAGAGGAUCACAUUAUUAAGGAAUUAAUAAACCCAUCUGAUCUGCAAGGGAAACAGAUUUUAAAAGUCAUUUUUUCCAAUAUGUUACUUUCCACAGUUUCUCACUCUGACCUGUACCGUUGCCAUUACACCCUGACUCCUGCAUGAAAGAGUUUUCUUCCUCUUUUUGACACUUAAACGCUCCAAGCCGUGCAUCUUUUUCAUACAGCGAGACAUAAGCGAGUCUAAAAGCCAUUUGGUGUGUUCGCAAACGCACACAGGUAUUAAAAAAACAAAGUAUAAUGGCAAUAAAGUGACACGAGCCUGGCUGACACGGCCCAACUAUGGGUAGCAGAUCUGUAAGUGUGAGUGACAUCGUAUCUUCUGUUGUUGUGGUGCUGUGAUGGUUCAGUUUUGUGAAAUUGUAAGAGGCCAUCUCUCCCGCUCCCGUGCUUCUGUAUCUUGACUACGUCAGACGUGGCACGUCUUGUUUGAUGUGGAAGAUGGCGUUUGGUUUAUUCCUGUUUGUCAUUUGUUGUGGUCCAGUUUUUUUGUUUUUUUUACACAAUGUAGUGUCCCCUGUACGUGUAUCUAUGUACACACAUGCCAGUGUAUCAGAUUGUCUGUUCAUGUUUACUAUUUUGUCAGCGUACCUGCAUUUAUGUGAGCGAGCGUGCACGUUUGAACAUUUACGCAGAUGUGCGUCUUUACUCUCAUUAAGACUAAACUCAUCAGACACAGUUUACAGUUUCUGUCCAAUGACUUUUUCCACCGCGUUAACGAAGAACAAGCCUAAGCCUUCCAGCGACACGUCG